GAUUAAUGAUUUUUACUGGAUGCCCUCGUAAUGAUUUUUACUGGAUGCCCUCGAGGCGGUCCCCCAGCUAUGCAGGCGCAGUAUAUAAGGCUCCCGCGUGGUUGACGUCGUGUUUACUUUCAUGCGUCACCUUUCCAGGGAUUGCCUUCGUUUUUUGCCAAGCAUGUCCCUCUUCUCCAGCCCGCGCAGACGUGCACUCUUGAUCGCCGUCCCUGAGGCCGACCAGCCCCUCCGGCGCCAGGAUGUGCAUCGUCUCGCCAAAGUCCUAAAAGUACAUCGGGGUUACGAUGCGCGUGAUAUACUGCUCAUGGUAAACGACGACACGUCUUCUCCAAUGUUUCCAAGCCAAGCGAACGUUAUGCGCGAGAUCGCUUCCAUGUUUUCAGAAGCCAGGGCAGGCGAUCAAUUCUUUCUAUAUUUGUCCGCACACAGCAAGCGGGCAACGUAUGAAGGAGACUGCUCUACCCUUGUGCUUUCUGCGGAAACGGAAGUGCGCGGAGAGGAAAUCCUGGGCGUUAUACGACAUCUACCUUAUGGCACAAAGGUGUCCAUAUUAAUUGACUCUUGCUAUUCUGGCGCGAUUUUCGGAUCGAACCCGUUCGAACAAUGUGAAAUGCACGGCCCGGCCAUCGGCCUCAUCACUGCAUGCGACUCUGAUCAAAGAGCAUGGGAAUGUGAGUCGGGGGGUACCGAUGAUUCUUAUGACUUUUCGGUGACCUUGGCUUUGAUCAACUUCAUAGAUUCUAAUCCUCGUUACACCUGGUCCGAGCUGAUGAAAGCACUGAGAGUUAAGUGCGACGAGAUGACGGUUGACAGGUUGAGCGAGUUUACUGGGACUCGGCUAGCACCCCUGAGUCGUGGCGCCUCAUUGCCCCAUGACGAGCAUCAAACACCUCAGUUGAUCUAUACUCGCGAUGUUAAUAUUGAAUCUUGCGCUUUCUUGUGAUGGACAUAUACCCAAGACCCUUGAUUUCCCGCACAGACAUAUUGAACUCUCAGCACGUAUACCCACGGACGAACAUCCAUACCCAAAUUGCAUUAAACUCGGUAAAAAUCGGACAACAUUUCUACACGUAUACACAGAUUACAC